UUUGGUGCUUGUAAAAGUUACUCUACCCGAAAGUAAAAACUCAGCUCCAUCAUUAAUUCUUUCAUUCAUCUCCCUCCAUCCAGUCUCUCUGUUCUCCUGUGUUUCACUCAUCAAAGAUUCAAAGUCUUGUGAAUCUCUCCCCCUUCCAAUCUCUCACCGUGUUCCGGUCAUCAAAAUCUUGUAAAUCUCUCUCCCUCUCCCUCUCUCUUUCUCCAUCUCUCCCUCUCUUUCCAUCUCUCUCUCUCUCCAUCUCUCUCUGUGUUCCAGUCAUCAAAAUCUUGUAAAUCUCUCUCUCUCUCUCUCUCUCUCUCUCUCUCUCUCUCUCUCUCUCUCAUUUCUCUGUGUGUUUCGGUCAUCAAAGUCUUCUCUCUCCCCCCCACACCCAAAGUCAGAUGAUACACACACAAACAUUGACCAGCUGACUCUCUUCAACCCAAUUGUCUUCUCAGCUCCACCAACUCACCAAUGGGAGCUGAGAAGAAAUGGCUCUUCACCCUCUUCUCACUAGCCUUCCUCUCCCUCCUCUUCUUCCUCUCCUCCAUCCUCAACUUCUCCUCCACCUCCCCCCACAAGCCCUUCUCCUCCACCCCCCUCCACACCCCCACCUCCCCUCCCUCCUUCGCCUACUACAUCUCCGGCUCGCACGGAGACGCUGACCGCAUUUUUCGCCUCCUCCUCUCCAUUUACCAUCCAAGAAACAUGUACUUGUUGCACAUCAAUGCUGGUGGCUCAGAUGAUGAGAGGAGAAAGCUGGGUGUUUUGGUCAAGAGUGUGAGUGUGAUGAGGGCUUUUGGGAAUGUUGAGGUUGUGGGGAAGCCUGAUCCGAAUACGUAUAUGGGGUCUUCGAAUAUUGCUGCCAUUUUGAGAGGAGGGGCUAUUUUGUUGAAGAUGGAUAAAGGGUGGGAUUGGUUUGUUACUUUGAGUGCUUUGGAUUAUCCUUUGAUUACGCAAGAUGACCUAUCCCAUGUGUUCUCCUCUGUUAGAAAAGAUCUCAAUUUUAUUGAUCAUACCAGUGAUCUUGGAUGGAAAGAAGGGGCAAGGGUUCUUCCAGUUGUGGUUGAUCCAGGCAUUUACUUAGCUAGGAGAUCUCAAAUCUUUCAUGCCACAGAAAAGAGAAAACUUCCGGAUGCUUUUAAAGUUUUUACAGGUUCUCCGUGGGUCACCUUGAGCAGAUCUUUUCUAGAAUUUUGUGUUCUUGGCUGGGAUAACCUUCCACGAACACUUUUAAUGUACAGUACAAAUGUAGUUUUGGCCCAAGAAGUGUAUUUCCAUUCAGUCAUUUGCAAUUCACCUGACUUCAAAAAUAACACUGUCAAUAGUGAUUUGAGAUAUAUGGUGUGGGACGAUCCUCCAAAAAUGGACCCUCGAUUCCUUAAAACCUCAGAAUAUGAAGGGAUGGUUCAAAGUGGAGCUGCAUUUGCAAGACAGUUUCAAACAGAUGACGCAGUACUAGACAUGGUUGAUGACAGGAUUCUAAAUCGUGGUAAGCAUAGAGCUGUACCAGGAGCAUGGUGCACUGGCGGCAGAAGCUGGUUCUCAGAUCCAUGCUCGCAAUGGGGUGAUAUUAAUGUCUUGAAGCCAAGCCGCCAUGCAAAAAAGUUUGAAAAUACCAUAAACAACCUACUGGUCGACUUAAAAUCACAGUCUAGUCAGUGCUUGUAAGGACGGAAUAAUCAGGGAACAUGCCGGGGUUCCAUGUCUGUUCUACCCAUGUUGUCACAAAUUAGGAGUAUAUGAUUACAAUGCAUUUUUUGGUGUUCAGCCCCAUUUUUGUGUGAGGUGCUAUUAGCAAUGUUUAUAUGGACAGAUUGAUAUCGAGGGGCAAUGUAGAACACAGUUAGGACAUAUUUGUCGUGUAUUAUGAGUUGGGGUCUGAAUAUUUAUUGCAAAGCCUCUGCCAAAAUUCUUACAAUGUUGUAUACAUGUUUCAUCAA